GGUAACAAUGCUGUUUAGCAGACCUUGGUACUUCAUCCACGAUCCUACUACAAGCAAGGCGAUGUGAUGCUGUCAGAAUAUUUGACGCAUGUAGGUCGUAUCAACGUUUAUUUGGACCCGAAUACUACGCCGCAUCCAAAACAGGUGGGUGAUAUUCCGUAUUCACUGCCUCUGGUCCUGGACAAGAACGAUCCGAUCGUAGCGGUUCAACGUGAUGACACUUUACAAGUCGUAAUUCGUUGUCCUCCUCGAAUCCAGAACUUCGAUAUCAAAGUCCCCUGGAAAGGGUUGGAUUUUGACUCCAAUCUCGAACAGGUCGUCCAAUGUAGGUACUGCUCCGGUAAGCUUGCGAGCUUUUUCUCCUGUCGAGACUUGCCAUCGGCCAAUUGGCAAGAACUAAUGGAUUGUUGGGCCUGUCAUGUCGAUUUUCCUGCCGCUUUGGCUAAGAAUGGUGGCAUGCCUUCUUUUGCGCCUACGAAGGACAUGUCUUAUUCAGGUAUCUCUUUUCUUCUCUUACAUCCAAAUUCAUUGGAAAAUUCCCAAUCAUACGAAAAAGAUUCGUCUAUGUAUCACUGUCCGUCUUGCCAGGAGCAGCUUGGAAUUCAAGAUAAACAAGACGUACCUGAAAGCGUUCGUCUAGAUAAGUCUUGUAUUAUGAUUAAUGGCAAUCGCGUUCAUCCUUCUUACGUCGUUACCUCAGAAUUGUUAACGCUGCGCGAAUUGAACGCUGUUCAUAAAUUCUGCCUCACUGAUCAGUGUAAUACACUUUAUAUUUGGUGUUUCACUCCAUAUUUACCAGUUACCUUCUUUAACAGUCCAAACAUAACUGCUUCUUUUCCACAGUCACCCGUUGCUACAAUCAAAACUCUCUAUUGCUAUGAUCCACCAGAUAAUUUGCAGGGUGACGAUUGGCAGGAUAUAACCUUGACACCAUCGGUGUUUUUGGAAAUUAAACAUUUACUAGAACUAACUACUCAAAGUUUUCCUUCUUCUGCUCAAAAAUUUCAGCAUUGGUAUGUCGGUUUACUUCCACGCUUGUGAAAUUAAAUCCUUUUCUUUUUGGUUUUUUAAAUAGCUCGUAGUCUACUUGACGGUUGCAAUUCAUUACGCAUCUUAAAAACAUUAACUAUAGAAUACAAGCGUUAUCCGUAUGAUCGGCUCAAGUGCUCUUUUUUUUCUUUCUUUCAACGUUGUUUUGUUUCGCCGUAGGUCGGCUAUAAACAUAUGUUGCACUAGAACCGAAUACCAAACAAGCUCCAAGUACAACAGCACCACUUAGUCGAUUACCGAAUAAAAGAAUACUCAAGCAAAGACUCACAAAUUUACGAAUAUUCAGGAUGAUGGUUACAGUUAAUGCAGAGCUCUGGGAACCAAGAGAAUUGACACCCCGUACACACACGUAUUGUGCCAAUGUGUUUAGACAAAUAUACCAAAAGGCUGGUGGCAUCCCAAAAAAAUAGAGAUUGGAACUCUUAGAGUCUGUGAAUAAAAGCAUCCAUUGUCUUCGGAUGGAACCUAACAGUGGCAGAAAAAAGGGAAUUGAAAAGGCGUGAGUAUAAAACAAACUUUCUCUCCAACUAGCGUUAUAUUUCUUGUAUGUGUCUUCCAAAAGUAAUCCCAUAAACGCACCCAGAAGCUGAGUGACCAUUAAUAUCGUGAAGCCGAUCGUAAAGUUCGUCGUCGAAGACAUGUGAACAUGAAUAUCAUUUGCAUUCCCAAGAACUGAGAUUACAACACCAAUUGUUAAGAAGACAACACUUAUCAUUUGUAAAAUAGUAUACUUCUUAUUCGCUAGCAUCCAUCCCACAGACAUAGUAGUUAGUGGCCCACUACUUCGAAGAAUUAUAUGUACAGGAACAGAAACAUCAAACCCCAAAGCAACAUUAUUUAAGACGUUUAUACUAAAAAAAAGGAAUACUAUGUACAUCCAGCGUUUCCUGGGCACAUUGGGACUCUUCAAUGCGGAAGGGUUGUAUAAUAAAAAGUAUACCAAACCUUCUAUUGUUAUAAAUACAAAUUGAGAAAAUGUAAUUAAUAAUCCACUUUUUGGAUAUUCUCUUACAAUUGCUUCAAGUGUGUAUGCUGUAGAACAACAUCCCCCAAAUAUGAAAGAUAGAGCUCCUAGGAUCAUUGUGCAAUUGCCAAACUGCUAAGGCUCUAUAGUCCCUGUUGAAAUGGUUAUAUAAAUUAUGAGAAAGGGCACCUUUGGGGAUCUAUCCAAGUUUUUUACGUAGCCAGUUGCUGGGUUUAAGGCGACAGCGUGCAAGUUAGAAUGAACUCCUUGUUUGUAUUAAAUUGAAUUUAACACACACAGAAUAAAAAACAACCC